AUGACGAAGAAGAAGUCCAUGCGAUCAGUGAACGAGCCAAAGAAACUGCUGGAUCAUCAGGAGGAAAACAGAGAUUCAAAGCAACAACCAAAAUCUGUCGUGGAUAAAUCUGUGGAGAAGUCUCAGUUGCAGAUGUUGAAAUCCAUGAACGAGCGCCUUUCGAAAGAGAAAGUAGAGAUUGAAAAAGAAAAGAAAGAUUUAGAAAUGGAGCUUGAAAGGUUGGAGAAGGAAGUGACCGAGCUGAGUGAGAGUUCUUUCUAUAUUAAACAGGAGAAGGAAGAGAAUGGGAAGGUAAUCUUUGAGCUUGUGAAGAAAAUUGAAGAAAGUGUGGAGAAAGAGAAUGACUUAUUAAUGAAGAUUGAUGGUCUAGUAGAAGAGCUAGUGAGGGAGGAGAAAGAUGUAGAGAUGCUAACUCAAUAG